UGUGCUGCACCACAACAUUUGUAGCUCUUGUGUUUUUGCAAUCAUUUUAUAUCUACUGUAGACGUAGAUCUAGACCUAUAUCAAGUUUUAUCGAUCUAGAUCUAAGUGAUUUCUAUUUUAUACAGUACGAUAAGUAAACAUUUACUUUAUAAAAAUCCAGACUCAAAGGUACUCUUGAAAUAAAUGGCAUCACUUACUAAUGAAGAUAGUAUUGAACCGGAGUGUAUAACUGAACACUUGUCUAGUCUCUUUACCAGACUCUCCGCUAACUGGAAAACUCAUCAAUCGGUUGUAAUAAGAAAUAAUCAACUGGAUGAGUUCCGUAAUAAGUUUCUUGUUUGGAUGAAACAAGCUGAGGAUUCCUUCGUUGCACUGACCAGACACACUGAGACUCACCAGCCGACUCAAACAAGAAAACGUCUCACCGCGAAACGUGGUUCUGGAUUGCUAGGAAAAGGUCAGCUCAGAAUUCGUCCGCCUUCAUUUGCUACAUGUUCAACCUCUGACCCCCAGGGAUCGCAAGAAGAAGGUCAGCAAAGAAUCAGUCCACCUUCCGUAGCCAAACAUUCAACCAAGAAAGCCUCUACCACCAAGUGUGAUAAGCAACGCUCCGAAAAAAGAAAGGCAAAUUUUCGCGAAGGACCACCACCAAAAAAGUUUAAGUUAACCCAAGAAGGAUUACAAAUGAAACACAAAGAAUUAGUUUCCAAAAAGUGUCAGCAAACGUGGAAUCCAGUACCAGAAAAUCAGCCUUUGGGUUUCGCAAAUCGAGUCUUCCCCGAAAAGAUAGCUGAUACAGAGAGUUGUCCUGGUCUGCAGAUCACUCGAUCGCUAGUGUUAUACAAUUUCCAACAGUUGGAGAGAUACAUUUUUGUGGACUUAAACUUUUAUCAAUUUUUCCAGCAAUUUAAUGGAAAGUUUAUGGAUAACACUUUUGUGUAUGGAUUGUUUGUAUCCAGCUCAUUGGGAGAUCCAACAGAAGAUAGAUUAUACUGUGAGUUAAACAAAAAGAAAUGUGUCCACAUCUCAAACGACAUUGGAACAUCCAAAAAUGCUGUUGGAUUCGCUUUGGCCCUAUUGAUUCCAAAGAUGGAUGACAGAGUGCCGGCGUCGGUGCCUUUUUUUAUUCUUUCAGCAAGUGAUGGAUUGAAGGAAACAGUUCGCCAGUUGAAUAAUGUCAGAAGGAAAAUAAAAGUCAUUACCCCACGGGCUAAAGUCUCUUCUGAGGACUUCGUCCUAUAAGAGCUACUCGUGUGGCUUCGUGACCAGUGCUUGCUGGGAACUUAACGGAACUUACUGACAGACUUGACAUAAUGUUUCUUUGAGCAACAUUUAUUUUAAUUUAUGAUAUAUAUACAUGCUUAUAAUGGAAGCUAGGGAUGGUCACUGAAAAUUAAAGCGUGUUUUUUUGACGAGGUGUGCGGAGGGUCUUGGAGCUCUAAAGAGCCUGACAGAUUUGCUAUGAGUGAGCCUGUGGUCGACUAGCCCUAUUAUGUUGUUAAUCUAUAAUGCAGCUAAGUCUAUGUUUGCUAUUGUCUCUGUUUUCAUACCAAUGUACACUAUAUUCGACUUUUGUGACAAUUUAUAUAUUUAUAUACAUUUUUACAUUAAAUAUAAAUUAUUUAA